AUGGGGGCCGCCGGCAGCGGCGCUGUGCCCGCGCACCGCGCACGCGCGGCCGCUCCGGUUCCGGCCGCGCCGCCCGCCGGGGCCGUGUCGGCCGUGUGCCUGUCUGUGUGUCCGUCUGUGUGUCCGGCCAUGCCCGUCUGUGUGUCCGUCUGUGUGUCCGGCCAUGCCCGUCCGUGUGCCUGUCUGUGUGUCCGUCUGUGUGUCCGGCCAUGCCCGUCCGUGCGCCUGUCUGUGUGUCCGUCCGUGCGCCUGUCUGUGUGUCCGUCUGUGUGUCCGGCCAUGCCCGUCCGUGUGCCUGUCUGUGUGUCCGUGUGCCUGUCUGUGUGUCCGGCCAUGCCCGACUGUGUGUCCGUCCGUGUGUCCGGCCGUGUUCCCCCUCCCGAGGAGCCCCCCAUCAUCGCCCCGGCCGCCGAGCCCGUUCUCCCCUCUCCCGCACCAGCAGCCGUGAUCACCGGCCCCAGCCGGCGCUCUGCCCUGGCCGCGCCCCUCCACCCUGAUAAAAGUUCCCAGCGCGGGGGCCGGGUGCCCGAGCCCUCCGAGCCUGCCCUGCGCCGCCUGUGCCACCACCUGCUGGCCCACUACCAGAAGGGCACCCGGCCUGUGCGGGACUGGCGAACGACCACGAACGUGGCCAUCGACCUCAUGGUCUAUGCCAUCCUCAGUGUGGAUGAGAAGAACCAGGUGCUGACCACCUACAUCUGGUACAGGCAGCACUGGACAGAUGAAUUCCUCAAGUGGGACCCAGCUCACUUCGACAACCUGACGCAGAUCUCCCUCCCUGUAGAGAGCAUCUGGGUGCCUGACAUCCACAUCAAUGAGUUUGUGGAUGUUGGAAAGUCUCCACACGUCCCCUACGUUUACGUCAGCCAUCACGGGGAGGUGCAGAACCUCAAACCCAUCCAGGUGAUGACCGCCUGCAGCCUGGACAUCUACAACUUCCCCUUCGACGUCCAGAACUGCUCUCUCACCUUCACCAGCUGGCUGCACCACAUUCGCGAUAUCAACCUCUCGCUGUGGCGGCAGCCGGAGCUCGUCAAGUUCGACCGAAGCAUCUUCAUGAACCAGGGCGAGUGGGAGCUGCUCUAUGUCCUCAGCCGCUUCCAGGAGUUCAGUGUCAAGAGCAGUGACAGCUACGCUGAGAUGAAGUUCUAUGUAGUCAUCCGGAGACGCCCCCUCUUCUACACUGUCAGCCUGCUGCUCCCCAGCAUCUUCCUGAUGGUUAUGGACAUUGUGGGCUUCUACCUACCUCCCCACAGUGGUGAGAGGGUCUCUUUCAAGAUCACUCUCCUGCUGGGCUACUCGGUUUUCCUCAUUAUUGUCUCCGACACGUUGCCAGCUACUGCCGUCGGCACCCCGUUGAUAGGCAUCUACUUUGUGGUGUGCAUGGCACUGCUCGUCAUCAGCCUGACAGAGACCAUCCUGAUUGUGCGCCUGGUGCACAAGCAAGACCUGCAACCCCACGUGCCUGAGUGGGUGAAACACCUGCUGCUGGAAAGAGCCACCAUCCUGCUCUGUAUCCGGGACAGGAAGAAACUCAGCCAAAGCAGGACGCAAAGCUUGGACACCUCCAGGCAGGUGGAGAGCAAUGACAGCACAGCCAAGCUGACCCCCUACGUCUGUGAGGACCCCCGGGAGUGCGGGGCAGCGGGGGGCAUGAGGUCUGCACUGGCCUUUGCUGGCCGGACGGAGGGCUCAGCAGCAUUGCAGGAGAUGCUGCGUGAGACCACGGCUAUCCGCCAGCUCCUGGAAAAACGGGAGGAAUUCCGCGACGUCGCCCGUGAGUGGCUGCAAGUGGGCUACGUGUUGGAUGUCCUGCUGUUCCGGGUGUACUUGGCAGCAGUCCUGGCUUAUAGCAUCACACUGGGCACCCUCUGGUCGGUGUGGAGGGAUGCCUGA